AUGAGCAGAUACCAAGGCUCGCAUACCAACCGCAGUCGAGAAAGAGUCUCAGUUCGUGGUCCUAGGAUUCAGUACGCAGACGAGAUAGAAGACGAACGCCAAUACGAAUCGAAUUGGCAACAGAGACAUCCGCAUGAAUUGGAUAGACGACAAAUUCCUCCACGCAUGACAAGGGCUACGACCUUUCGCCCAGAAGUGUCAAAAGACGAACUCGACGAACACGAAUUAAAUAGGCUAGCAAAGAUUACAUAUAGGCCUCGUUCUAGGAGUCCUAGCCUUGUCUUCAAUAACUCUAUAAACGUCUUAAACAAAACAAAGAGUCCUCCUCCUGACUACACCGACUCCGACAGCGAUGACGGGGAAUCUCUCGCGGAUUAUCGGAGUGAGGGGUACAUACGUCGUAGUUCAGCCAGGACAUCACUCCCCUCUCGAUCUUCUGGGUCAUCAAACAAACUCCGUCAAAAAGGACCUCACUCUUUGAGUGGAAUCUGCAAUAAGGAUACAAUAUCGAAAGACAACACAGUGGGACAUGGAGCACUGAUGGACGAUCUUCUUGCCAGUUUUGGCAGAAAGGCGAUGGGAAUAAAGGAUGAGCAUCAGUAUGGACAGGCCAUUCCAAGACGCACUAUCACAAUAUCUCCACCCCCGAGAUCUUCGCCCCCCAGCCACUCAUACGUGAGUUAUAGCGAGGACGAGGAUGAGAUAUUUGAAGCAGGCCAACACAGAUAUGUGCAACCCAGAACACAUUCGCGCCGCGAAUACGCAAACAAAGCAAGUGCAGCUAUGAGAUAUAUCCAGAGCAGCAAAAGAGGACACAAAGAGCGAAAGAGGACACCGCAAUAUGCAUUGGAUAAGAAGAAUGGGGUACCUCUGGAUAUUCCGGAUGAGGACAGCGAAGGAUACGAGAGUGAUAUAAUCAAGGUGGAGUAUUAUGAGACGGAUUAA